UAACAAAUUAAAAAAUUAACAUUCCUCAAAAGCCUGAUGAUAAUAUUCGAUACUCAUAUUCAACAUGAUUUUUUCAAUUAAAUGAUGUCUGGGAUAAUCAGGUAAAGCUAAGAUGCUUCAGUCCAGCAAGUGUUUAUCUUGAAAUAAUACAAAAAGUAUUAAAGUUAUUUAUGUUUAGUUUUCAAAUAAAUAAGUAAUGAUUUAAUGGCUAAAAGACGCAUGUAGUGGAUUGUGAAGAACAUACAUACCAAAAAUAUCCAACAAUGGCAACAUUCAUAGCAGGGCCAUAAAUGAGAAGAGCUGAUACAAAAAUGGCAUCUAAUCCGGUGGGAAAAGCCUGACAUUAUUGUGAGAUUUUCAUGUUUCUGUGUUUGAGGCAUUUAGAAUAGAGUCAGAGAGCAUGAUUGUGUCCUGGCGUCCUCUGGAUGCGCUAACCCAUGCGUGCUAUACAGAGUUCUGAUAUUUAGUCAGAUUUCUGCUGGUGAGGAUUUCCUCAAGCAUCAUAUCCUCUGAGAUCGAUGCAUCUGGUGUGCUGUUUGCUUGCUUAAGAGCACUGAGGUGUUUAGAAAGGACUAACAGAGCAGGCCUUCUCCUUCUGUCAGUCUACUGUGAGAAGUCAGUGGGAAUGAGAGAAACAGAAGUGAAGUGGUGCUGCUUGAGCUGACCUGAGACAUCAGGAGUAUUUUCUACUCACUGGUUUUCCAGGAUGUACAGUAUGGACUAGAGUGAUCCAGGUUUUUUUUUUUUUUCAUAUCUUCUCUGGGAUGUUUGACAACUAUUGAAGAUUGGUUUCUCAAAAAGCGAUGGUUUGAAGUAAAGACAUCAGCAGCAUGAAUUCUGUGUUGGUUGGGAAAUACUUGUGCUGUGUUUGGGUUCAUGGCCAAUCUGUUGGAGUAAGAGACAUGACAGAACAUUAGUUCCUGAUCAAUCCCUCCAGUGCAUCAUGGGACAGGGCUGGUGUAAGCCACGGAGGCACAAAACACCACUAACACAAGCCGGUGAGAAAGACAAGGCUGCGAUGAGCCAUGAGUCCUUUCUACUUAUGGCCAACUCGCAGAGUGACGUGGACGACUGGGUGAAGGCCAUCAGACGGGUCAUAUGGGCUCCGUUUGGAGGAGGCAUAUUUGGGCAGCGUUUGGAGGACACUGUACAGUAUGAAAGGAAGUUUGGUCCCCGUCUCGCCCCUCUCUUAGUGGAGCAGUGUGUGGACUUCAUCAGGGAACAGGGUCUUGAUGAAGAAGGUCUAUUCCGGAUGCCAGGACAAGCCAACCUUGUGAAGGAGCUCCAGGAGGCCUUUGACUGUGGAGAUAAACCUCAGUUUGACAGUAACACUGAUGUCCACACUGUGGCUUCCCUGCUGAAGCUGUAUCUCAGGGAGCUGCCCGAGCCCGUCGUUCCCUUCUGCAAGUAUGAGGACUUCCUGACGUGUGCUCAGAUCCUGGCCAGAGACGAGGAGGAGGGAAUACAAGAAUUAGGGAAGCUAGUGACGACCCUUCCAGCCGCCAAUUACAACCUUCUGAAAUAUAUAUGCAAAUUUCUGGAUGAGGUGCAGUCUCACUCAAAUGAAAACAAAAUGGGUGUUCAGAACUUAGCCACCGUGUUUGGACCAAAUAUCCUCCGUCCAAAAAUGGAAGAUCCAGUAGCUAUCAUGGAAGGCACCUCGCUUGUUCAGCAUCUCAUGACGCUACUCAUCAGCAAGCAUGAUCGCCUGUAUGCCGAAAAAGACGCAGAAACCCCACAGAACCAGAUGGAGGUAAAGGACCAAAGCCAACAACAUCAGCAGUCCAACCUGGUGGACUGGAUCUCUGAGGAGGAUCUGCAGACCUGUAAGAAUGACAUCCCUCCCAGCAGCAGUGCCUCGUCUGCGGACGCCGCGAUCAGCUCCAAGCCGAUUCCUCAGGGAAAGGGAGAGACGGCCGUCAGCCCUAGUAAGCAGGCCAAGACGCUUCCAGGAUGGAAGUACACCUUCAAAGGAUCCUCUCCCCGGCCGCCGUCCACCAAAGUCAGUGGCUCUGCGGUGGAUAUGUCCUCGGCCUCCAGUGGGAACUGGCUCAUGAACGGUCUGUCUUCACUAAGAGGACACCGACGCACCUCGUCUGGUGAACGCUCCAGGGAGUCGGGCUCCUCUCAGAGACUGUCUACCUACGACAACGUCACGUCUUCGUCGAGUCUGGGCAGCGUGCUGAGUAUGGACAGCACGCCGUGGUCCACCUCCUCGUGUGAGACCUCCGUCCCAGACUCUGGAAGCGAGCCGUUAGGGACAGAAGACGGGCCUCAGACAGAGGCGAGCGCUCAGAGCGAGGAGGAAGAGAAGCAAGAGGACGUCAGCAGCGCUGUGGAAGACCGCUCGAGUGGACUGUCUUGCAGUGAUAAUGGAAACAUGGCACCAGUCAUUAGAGUCGUGGAUGAAGACUCAGAUGCAAACAUAGGCCCUUCGUCCCUGGCCAGCGUCGUGGCAGACCUGAAAGAAGAGCUGAGGAGGCAGAAACAGACUUACGAAUCUAGAAUUCAAAAGCUGGAAGAGUCCAGUUCAGCUCUGUGUGCGCAGAUGGAGAGACUCCAGCAAGAGAUGGAACAGGAGAGGAAAAAGAAACGAAUGCUUGAGAUCAAACUGAGAAACUCUGAACGGGCCCGUGAGGACGCAGAAAACCGCAAUCGCCUCCUGGAGAAAGAGAUGGAAGACUUCUUCUCCACGCUGGGGGAUCUGGCUCUUGGAAGCCGUACCAGUGACAUUUAAUGCAAGACAAAUGAACACACCCAAAGUCUCCAAAUGGACCAGAGCACUCAGGCAUCUCCAUAAACCACGUGGACAAAUUUGAUGAAUGGUGUUCAUCAAAUCAGUCCUAAAAUACAACUAUUACAACUAAAGGCCUUCCAAUGUGUACCAGUUACUAUUUCUAGGAGAUACUCACCGUUUCAGCAAUGUAGCAUAUAUUAAAGCCAUUUUACACGUCGAUUUACAGCAUUUACUUUCUAAGAAGUUUCAGAUUUAGGUGACACAGAAACAAAUAGAAUGCCUGAAUCUGGUCUUUCGGUUAAAUCGGUUAAAAUUAUAU